GACAGGGUGUCUGGAAAAAAGUGAACAACGUUCCCAACACAGCCUCUUGGGCGUGUCCCCCAUCUGCCGGCCAUGUUGGGCCUCAAUGGCACCCCCUUCCAGCCAGCCACACUCCAGCUCACAGGCAUCCCUGGGAUGCAGACAGGCCAAGCCGGGGUGGCCCUGGUUUUCUGCAUCCUCUACCUGAUCUCCAUCACAGGCAACCUCACCAUCCUGGCUCUGGUGACUGGUGAGCCUGCUCUGCACCAGCCCAUGUACUACUUCCUCUCCAUGCUCUCUCUCAAUGACCUUGGAGUGUCCUUCUCCACACUCCCCACUGUGCUUGCUGUCUUCUGCUUCAACUAUCACCACGUUGGCUUUGAUGCCUGCUUGGUUCAGAUGUUCUUCAUCCACACUUUCUCUUUUAUGGAAUCAGGCAUCCUGCUGGCCAUGAGCUUGGAUCGUUUUGUGGCUAUCUGCGACCCGCUACGCUACGCAUCAGUGCUCACCCACAACCGCAUCUUGGCUAUGGGCCUGGGCAUCCUCGCCAAAAGCUUCACCACUCUCUUCCCUUUCCCCUUUCUGGUAAAACGACUGCCCUUCUGCAAAGGCAAUGUUUUGCACCACUCGUACUGCCUCCACCCAGAUCUCAUGAAAGUGGCGUGCGGAGACACCCACGUUAAUAACAUCUACGGGCUCUUUGUGGUCAUUUUCACCUACGGUGUAGACUCUGUGUUCAUCUUGCUUUCCUAUGCAUUGAUCCUAAGAGCCGUGCUGGCCAUUGCAUCCCGGGAGCAGCGGCUUAAGGCACUCAACACCUGCAUGUCGCACAUCUGUGCAGUGCUGGCUUUUUAUGUGCCCAUAAUCGCAGUCUCCAUGAUCCACCGCUUCUGGAAAAACGCCCCACCUGUUGUUCAUGUCAUGAUGUCCAAUGUCUACCUGUUUGUCCCCCCCAUGCUCAACCCCAUCAUCUACAGUGUGAAAACAAAGGAGAUACGCAGAACGAUCCUCCAGGUCUUCUAUAAACCCCAGAGCUGAGGACAACAGCUGCCACCCCCGAGAGCUGCUUUGCGGGAAGGGCUGCCAACUUUAGGACUGUUAAAUAGGAGAAGAAGAAUCGGGACCUCGAUAGUUAUGAAUA